AUGAAAGCUGAAGCGUGGGUGCUGGGGAUAGAAAAGUUGUUCGAGGUUUUUCCUUGUACUGAAGCCCGAAAAGUGCAACUUGCUAGCUUCACUCUGGAAGACGAGGCACGGAGGUGGUGGAUGCUUACAAGAACUUACUUUCCUCAAAGUAUACGAGACAAUAAGGUGACUGAAUUUGAAACUCUUAGACAAAGAAAUAAGACCGUUGCAGAGUAUGAAGCUCAAUUUGCAGAACUAGCUCGGUUUGCACCUCAUAUGGUGGAUACGAAUUAUAAGAAGGUACGAAAAUUUACAGGGGGAUUACGGAGUGCUAUCCUGGAUCGAGUCAACAUGUUGAAGUUACCCACCUAUGUUGAUGUGUUAGAGAGGGCUGUUAUAGUAGAAGUAAAUAUUGCUGCACGGACUCGGAUUUCCGAGUGGAAAGGAUAG